AUGUAUCUUCGCAUGACAUCUGGCACUGAAAAUUUACCGUGUGCAUAUGCAUACAUCGAGUUUACUAAUCAGCCAACGGUCCCCAUUGCAUUGCAAAAUAAUGGCAUCGAAUUUAAGGGUCGCUGUUUACGCAUACAACAUUCCCGGGUUGCUAUAAUCAAACCGGAAAGAAAAACAGCAGACAUGGCAUUGCAGGAGGUCGAAGAAGCAAUUCGGGUCAAUCAAAAUCCGGAUAAAGCUGCUAAUGCCCUCAGUAAGCUGAACCAAGGAUUGGGAAUGGACCGAAGUUAUUCGCCCUUACGACGAUCUGGGUCUCCUCGACGUCAUCGAAGUCGCAGUUCAAGCAGACGCCGACGUUCACGAUCACGAUCGAAAUCACGCCGUCGACAUCGCAGCAAAUCUAAAGAUCGACGUUCACGGAGCAGAUCACGCGAACAUCGUAGACGUUCUCAUUCUCGCCAUCCAAGACUUUCACAUUCGAAAGAUAGAAAGGAAAAAGAUAAAGAAAAGGAACGGCGUGACAGAGAGAAAGAAAGAGAGAAGAAGGAACGAAAACGAAGCAGAAGUCGCACACCGCAUAAGAAAGAUGAUAGACGUGAACGUGAUAAGGAUAAGGAUAAAAAGGAAAAGGAUCGUGAAAGUAACAGUCGGAGGGAUAAAGAAAGGAAUAGUCGGAGUGAAAAGAGUGAUAAGAAAGAAGAGAAAGAUCAUGAUAAGGGGAAGAAAAAUUCGCGCAAAGAGAAAGAACGUGAAAGGAGUAGUAGGAAAAGUGACAGCAAAAGUAGCUCGGUUAAAACCGAAGUGAAACUGCAGAUCGAACAUGGCGAAAGUAUGGAAGUAGAUCAUCCAGAACAGAUAGCAGCUUCAGAUGAAACGGCCAUGAGAGAAAGGCUGAUGGAAAAAGUCUUGGCACGUAAUGGACCGAAAAAAGAAGAAAACACGGAUGUUGAAAUGGUGGACAUUGAAAAAGAAAAGGAUGAACAAGAAUCGAAAGGAAGUAGCAGCGUUGAUGGUGAGUCUUUUCGGAAGAAAUCUCGGAAACGCUCAAAAUCUUCCAGUUCAUCAUCUCAUUCUGAAUAA